AAGGAAAUAGAAAUUAACAACUCAAAUAACCCACUAUACCUAUCUAGAAAACCACUGUGGUUAAGUUGUGUUCAUAGGGCUUAAUAGUGAUAACAGAAAACAGCCCUUCGGAAAGCUUUAUGAUUGGUUGGGAAGGAUGAUGGUAUGCUGGCCAAUCAGUGAUCAGCUCCGACUCCGUGACGUGGCUCUGUCGUAUCAGUGACGUCAUCAUGGUAAAGGUGGAUGUGAUGACGUAACCGACACCUAGUCAUGCUCAAGGUCCCAGGCGCUGGCGUGGGCAGUAAUCGCGAAAAUGGUCACCAGGGCGGAUCCAUGCGUCGCUCCUUCUCGAAGUCAGCCUCUGACCUCCUCAAUCGAUCGAGAACGGGAUCAGGGGAGAGGUCCGGCGACAACUCCCCCGGCGGCUCCCCCCCGCUGGAGGCUCGAAAGGGGGGUGAGGGCGAGCGACCGAGAGCCAGCGUCGCCAACAAGCCAUCCGCCACCGCCUUCUUCAACACUCUGCGCACAAAGUUCCACCGCACGAGGAGUAAGGAUGGAAAGCUUUCGAGAAGGAAGGACAUCCUCCUGGACGGCGUGAGGAGCAACUCGCAUCCGGACGUGAGUGUGGAGCGGCAAGACAGCACGACCGACUACGCUGCGGACAAUUCCUCGGCCGAGCACUCGUCCUCUUGCACGCCGGUGUCCAUGUCGCCGAGGAGGGGCCCGAUGCUGUCCCAGAACCGUCAGAACUCGCAGGACGUAGGUGGAAGUGCCAUCUCUGGUGCCCCUGAUCCUGGCGACCUGAGUAGCGUGCCCAGCGGUGCCAACCCAUCCAGCCUUACGCCCCCCACCCCCGCCCGUGCCCAGGGGGGUGUGAACAGCUACCAGGACCAGACGGAGAGCGACACUCCUCAGCAGAAUCAGGCCUCGAGCAGCGGAACGGUGUACGAAGUGUGGUCCCAGGAGGACCCAACCGUGCUGCGCCACCGAGCUCUGCGCCAGUACUCCUUUUUCCAGCUUCACGUCCACCUGAAGCGCGGCGAAGACCUGGUGGCCCGUGACGCCUGCGGCACGAGCGACCCCUACGUCAAGUUCAAGGUCUCGGGGAAACUCGUCUACAAAUCCAAGACGGUGUACAAGGACCUCAAUCCUACGUGGGACGAAUCCUUCACUAUUGGCAUUGAGGAUCCCUUUGAGCCGGUGUCCGUUAAGGUAUUCGAUUACGACUGGGGACUUCAGGAUGACUUCAUGGGACUCGCAGUCAUCGACCUUACCACCUUAGAGCUUGAUAAAACUCAGGAAAUCACACUGACGCUCCAAGAACCGGGGAAAAGCAAGUACAUGGGAGUGAUCUACCUCAGUCUCACCCUCCAGCCGAAAACCCAAGAGGAAAAAGAACAGUAUUUGCAGCGCGGAGGUUCGAGAUUGGCUGAGCAGCAACGUCGCCUUAAGAGCCAGAUAUGGAGUUCGGUGGUUACUAUCGUCCUGGUUGAGGGCAAGGAGCUCCUGCCCAUGGAUCCCGACGGCACUUCGGAUCCCUAUGUGAAGUUUAGGCUUGGCAAUGAGAAAUACAAAAGCAAGGUGGAGAUGCACACGCUCACUCCGAAGUGGCUGGAGCAAUUUGAUUUCCACCUUUUUGAGGAUCAGAGCCAGCUCUUGGAACUGACUGUGUGGGACAAGGAUGUGCGGAGUAAAGAUGAUUUCAUGGGAAGAUGUACACUGGACCUAACGCAGUACGAGCGUGAGAAGACCCACCACAUUUGGGCGGAGUUAGAGAAGGGAGCCGGGUCCAUCUUCCUCCUCCUCACAAUUUCUGGAACGACUUCUUCUGAAACCAUAUCAGACCUUCAUUCAUACCAGGAGAAUCCCAGAGAAUUAGAUAAUGUUUCCAAGAGAUAUGCCUUAACAAGAUCUCUUCACAACCUGAAAGACAUUGGCCACCUGCGGGUCAAGGUGUAUCGAGCGCAGGGCUUGGCGGCAGCAGACAUUGGCGGCAAAAGUGACCCAUUUUGUGUCUUGGAACUUUGCAAUGCCAGACUUCAGACACAGACUGAGUACAAGACGCUCUCUCCCACAUGGAAUAAGAUCUUCACCUUCAAUGUCAAGGAUAUCCAUAAUGUUUUGGAUGUCACCGUCUAUGAUGAAGACCGAGACCACAAGGUAGAGUUUCUGGGGAAAGUCGUCGUUCCUUUACUUCGGAUGAAGAAUGGCGAGAAGAAAUGGUAUCCGCUAAAGGAUAAAAAGUUACGUGCUCGUGCAAAGGGAAACAAUCCAGAGAUUCUGCUAGAGUGUUCUGUAGAAUGGAAUCCAAUCCGUGCUGCCAUCCGAACUUUCACUCCGAGAGAGGAAAAGUACAUGCAGACUGAGCAGAAAUUCAAGCGCCAAGUAUUUAUCAAAAAUGUCAAUCGCCUUAAGUCUUCCAUCAUGGAUUUCUAUGAGUUAGGGAAAUUUAUCAAAUCAUGCUGGGAGUGGGAAUCACCUGUCCGGAGCAUCAUAGCUUUCAUCUUAUUCAUGGUCAUUACGUACUACUUCGAGGUCUACAUGUUGCCAAUCCUACUGCUUAUGCUCUUCCUCAGAAACUACAUUGUAAUCUCAAUAGUUGGUAGCAUGCACCGAGAAGAAGAGAGUGAACUGUCUGGAGAUGAGGAGGAAGUUGAUGAUGAUGAUAAGGAUAAGCAUGACACAUCGAUUAUCACCCUUUUCAUAUAUACCUGGCUGUUUUUCCAGAAUAUGAGCGUAGAGGUAAGAAAAACAGAGAGUCGUAAGGAAUGUGGCAUUAAUGCAUCCCCUAAUGACCUCAAAAGUAAGGAGGAGAAGAAAACUCUCAAGGAAAGAUUGCAAGUUAUACAAGAGGUUACUGCAACAGUUCAAAAUGCCAUAGGUUAUAUUGCUUCCAUCUUCGAAAGCUGCAAAAACACAUUCAACUUUUCGGUGCCAUUCCUGUCGUGGUUGCUGAUCAUGGUGUUGAUGGUGGGCUCGGUCGUUCUCUACUAUAUUCCUGUUCGUUACCUAGUUAUGAUGUGGGGCGUCAACAAGUUCUCUCGCAAACUGUUACGGCCUCACUCCAUGGUGAACAACGAGCUCUUAGACUUCCUCUCGAGAGUGCCAGAUGACGAGCUAUUGCGGGAUUGCCGUGAGUUACGCCCAAUACCUCAAAGUCACGACGAGAAGAGAAGAGACCAGAGGAAAAAGAAGGUGGCGUAGUUCCCUGUAUCAGGGACAGAGGAUAUAUAUAAUACCUUUUUUUUCAGGAAAGCAAAAUGUUGUGGUGUAUCUUUACCACAGAGAUGCUGGUUUUCUCUUGGAGUAAAAUGAAUGAAUAAUCAAAUCAGAAGUUUGAAAGCAGUGACAAUUCCUUUCAAUUUAGAGACCCCUUAAAUAUCUAGGACACUGUUCAAAUAUCAUUACAUACUAGAUAGAGCAAACGACGUGAGAGAUCUUUAAAGAAUCAAAUUAGUCAUGGCAGUAGCUGAAUCAUGUAGGGAAAGCAUUUAAUCACAGCAUCAUCACGUCGAGACAUAGAGCUGGAGUUAUUUCCAGAGCAACUGCCAGAUCUGUUAGAAAACUAGGUCUUUUUUCAAGAAUUACAGCUAUUGUGUACAAGAGAAUUUCUAGGCUAGAAUCCAAACAUUCUUAUAGAAUCUGUUGUCAUCCGCAUGAAAAAGAAUCCAAGGCAUGUGCAUUUGUAUGAUUGUAUUUAAACUGUUGUUGUUGUUGUUGUUGAGAGUCUUUCAUACGUCUUUGUAUUGCCAUUUUCGUAAAAGUUUUUGCAGAGAUUUGUAGGAAAUAAUUUUACAGUGACAAUUGAAUGAUACUUAAUUGUGAAGAAAACUAUUGACUGAUUUCCUCUCAACUUAUGUAUUUUCAGUGUCUGCAUAAUAUGCAUAUCUUGUUAUUCAAAUUUCAUGAAUAAUAUAUCAACUUUAAGCAUGAUAAGCUGCAUAAGUCCCAUAUGAAGUAUACCUUGGAUUUCUCUCUAGUUAAAAAACUUGUUGCCAGGUAACAUGGGGAACUAGUCUGUAAAUAAGCCAUUUGUAAAGAUUUUAGAAGUAGAUUUCAUUACAUUUAAUUUUUUGUUCUCAUUUUUUUUUUAAGAGGAUUAGUAAGAAGUAUCAUUUUUAUACAUUUUGAGGGCUUGAGAUUACCCCCAAAGGUGUCCCUCUCUCUCCUACGAUAAAUUCUGACAAAUAAUUAAUCCCCACAAAUCAACUCUUUGAAACUGUAUUAAUUAUAUUAUUACAGGUAGAUGUGAGGGUGGCUCAUAUGUAUGUAAAUGUCAGACAUAAAAAAUACAAAUUUACACAUGCACAAAAAAAGGAUUUUUGGUGAUUCUACAUAGAAGCAGAGCACAUUUCACUGACUUGUUGAAUCUGCCUGUUUUAAUUACUAUAUAUUUUAUGUAUAUAUGUACACACUUUUGCCCCCAAGUGGUGCUCUUAUAUUAUUCACAUUCCUAGCCAUUGAUCAUAUUUUGUUUUGUCAAUAAAUGUGUUGCCCUGAUUUUGUAUCCAAAUUGCUUACACUAAUUAUCAUCCAGACAUCCAAACAAUUUGAGAGUUAAGAGCUUCUGUCUCGUGCAGUGUCCUUGUGCAGCAAAGAUUUACUACAUAUUUCCUCCUGUUUUCAAAGAAAGUUCUGUAUGUACGGCAUAAUUAAUGCACAGAUAUGCACAGCGUAUACCCGAGAAGUUUUGGAUGGCGGUGUGGAAUUACGAAUAUUAGCUCAUGGUCUGUUAAUACCUAAUGGUGUCUGAUAGUUUUACACACCUGGAAAAGGACAUUUGACUUUGGUUUUACACUACAUUGGACACUCGGCCAACACACGUGGCAAAUGAAUCUAAUCACCAGUAUUUUAUCUUGUAAAUUAUGUCUUAGGUAUAAGGAAUACCAUGUGAUUGAACAAAUAGGGUAUAACAAAGAUUAAAGAGCACAGUUGCAUCCAAAUACAGCAUUUACAUGUUAGUGUAUUUGUUUGACUGAUCUAGUCAGUGUAAAAUAUUAUUUUCAUACUACAGUGUGGUUUAAGUUACAGUAUUUAUAGUCACUAUCCUACAGCACUGCUUAUAUCGAAGUUGGGUUUAGUGAACUAUUGAUUGAAAACCGAGUUGGAUAAAAGAUAUUUUGAGUAUCCUAUCCAGCAUCAGAAACCUUGUUAAUAACUCUGGUGAGGGGAUUGCGUGUUAUAGCAUAAUCUUUUUUUAUAAUAAAAUUUUCAGUGUUGUCAGUUUGACAUAUUUACCUGUGAUACACAAGGUUGUUAGGGCUUCAGGUACAUUUUUUUUCACAUUUAUCAGUAAAAUAUAAAUCUCUCAGCAUACUUUAAAAUUCAGUUUACUAUUGGUUACAUGAAAGCCCAUUAUUGACCGAGAAAAGUAUGAAAUAAGUGAUAAGUUUCCAGUUACAAACUCUUGAAUUUCUUGCCCUCAGAAAAUAUAUAUCUGUCUGUGAUUAGUAAUGAAUAAUCUACUCUUACAGCAAGAAAAUGAACUGAAUAAAGAGUUAAUAGUUUCACUUCACAUAGUAUAUUCAGGUUAAAAAAAAUGGUCCUAUGUUCAGUAAAAGGCAUUAUUACCACUUUAAAGAAAGAUUUGUUUGAGGAGAUUCAGUUUGUAACGGGAAAUAAUGUUGGUUUGAUCUGAUAUUUCUGUUAGAAUUUCUCAAUAUCUGUAUGGAACUUUUUCAUUUGUACAUGAUAUAUAUGUAUAUAUCUAUUCUGCCAAAUAAUUAGGUGUGAGAGUUUAUUUUCAGAGUUAAAAUAAAAGCAAAAGGCAUGAAAUGUAAGGGUCUGUCUACUUCUGCAGUAGGAGCUAGUGUGAUUUGUGAAGUAAAAGAGAAGAGAUGAUAUGGUUCAUGAAAUGGUGGCAGUAUUGCAUAAUUAAGUGAUGGAUUAUAACUGUGGCAUUAAAUUAAAUUGUAUGUUUUUUGUACAUUCUUCAUGCUUAACAAAAAUACUUGCAUUACGUGACAUAGUAAAAAUAAAAGUCAUGGUGGAAAAAAAAGUAUUCAAUGAGAAAAAAAAGCAAAUUGUAAAUUCACAAUAACUAAUGCUCUUCCUAUUUAUUAAAUUGCCAUAGGGUUAGAAAUUUUAUCAAUAUAUGUACAAGCAUUUGGAAGGCCUGAGGUGGUACUUCUUUGAAAAUGCUGUGUCUCUAUAUGGGUAUCAUAUUCCAACAAUUCUAUCAUACAGUCAGGCCCUCUGUUUUCUCUUUCCCUUCCUUAGUAUCCAUGGGCUUGUGAGCUUCAUAAAAAUAAAAUAUAAAAUACAAGCAAACAUUAAAAAAAAAAAAAAAAAAAAAAAAAAUGAAUUGACCACCAUACGCUUAACUCUUUUUUAAAGUGUCAUAGAACGAUCUUUCCUGGGAGACUGACAAAAAAAAGUUUUUCUUUUUUUUUUUUUAUUGCAAAUUAUUGAGAAGUAUUGAAGUGCAACUAACAACCCAUGGAUUACUCUUGUGCAUGACUUCCUCCACUGUGUUGUCCUCACUCCAUCCAUGCGGUGAUAUGAUACGUGUUUGUCUGUUUGUCAACACCGAUACCAAUUGGUGCCACUGAUAAUAAACAGUUGUUUCAUGUUCUAUUUGAUUAUCUUAAACUUUAAAUAAAUAUCUUUUAUAUGAA